UUCUUUUCAGAAACCGGUUCCGGAAGUACAGCGGAAGUGAGGGGCUCAUCUUCCCAUCCUGAACCAUGCUUGAAUGGAGGUGACCUUAGUUACUACCAAUUAGCUAAAUAAACAAAUUGGCCACAUCCCAGUCCGGUCUGGUUUGGACGUUAACUCGUGUUUAAUAUUAGUGAAGCGUUUACUGAAGGAGAAGAUCAAACAGAAAUGGCUGAGGCUCAUCAGGCUCGCAUGCAGAAUGAGGUGGAACAAAUGGUCCAAAGUCUGGAGAGGGACCACAUCCGGAAAAUGCAGGUAGGACUUUUUCCACACACGUGCCAGUCUUUUUCUUCUUGUAGUCUGGUGUGUGCAGCCUCAUGAACCCACCUCUGGUCUGCUCUGGUGCAGGGUCGGAUGUUCAGCUGCAGCGCAGAGUGCUGCGAGCGCUCCUCAGACUCCAUGUCCCAGGUGCAUCAGUGCAUCGACAGGUGUCACACUCCUCUGGCCAGAGCUCAGGGACUGGUCACCUCGGAGCUGGAGAAGUUUCAGGUGAGGAGAGACUCUGCAGUCUUCUUUGAGUGUGUGAAACUUAAUGAAGAUGUUGGGUUUGAAGAACAUGAGGAACUGCUGCUCCAGGAUCAUUAUUAGAACUGAUGUUCUUUUCAACCAAAAUACAACCACAGUUACAUUAAUAAUAGCCCUUUAGCUGAGAAGAAGUAAAAAACAGUCUGACAAAUCUACUGAGAGUAAAGGUAAAAAGUGAUAGUCAUAUGAGAGGCGAUAUUGCUGAACUCUGGAGAAUGCAAAGGGAAGCAAAUAUACAGUGAUCAAUAAGUGACAAUAAUCCUUAUUUAUUUGAAGCCUUUUAAAGGUUAAUUCUGGCGUUAAAGUAAGUUAGGGUCAAACAAACCGUAACACUGAGUUAGACACCCCAUCGAGAGAUGAAUGUUGCCAACCGCUUGCUUUUCUAGUUAUACCAACUUUAGUAAGGACUGCAUGAUAGCAAUACAGAGAGCCAUGCGCUCAACCAAAAAGCCACUAUAUAGCCUCAAAUAAUACCCAGAACAGCACCUAAAUUCAUCAACAGUAUUAAACACAACUCACCUACUCUCUUCCAGCAGCCGCUUGUUUGUAAGGAGACCUCCGGGCGAGUCCAUCGACUACAGCGGGGGACACAGCUCAAGGAGGAACAUUUACGAUCAUUUUUUUCACGGAAAUUCAAUCAGAUAGAGACGCUAAGGCAGAAGAACUACAGCGUCUGCAGUGCAAAAUGAUUAGUAUGAUGAUUAUUACUUCAAGGAAAUGAUAAAGAAAUGAUCGUAAAUGUUCUUCCUUGAGCUGCGUAACCCCGCAGCAGUCUGUAAUGGACUGGCCUGGGGUCUCGCUACAAACAAGUGGCUGCUGGAAGAGAGUAGGUGAGUUGUGUUUAGUCUCUUUGCUAAGGAAAUCAGGCAAAGCUUAAAAAAUGUUUGGUGGCUAGUGCUGUGGCUGGGACCCUGUGUGUACUGAAAGAGCGUGUGGCUCUCUGUAUUGCUAUCUGUGGUCAAUACUAAAGUUGGUGUAAGCAGAGAAGCAAGCGGUCGGCAACAUUCCUCUCUCGAGGGGGUGUCUAACUCUGUGUUAUGCCGUGUUUGACCCUAACUUAAUUUUACGCCGGAAUAUCCCUUUAACACAGGCACUAAAGAUGAUCUUUUUGUCUCCUCAGGAUCGUCUGACCAGAUGCACAAUGCACUGCAAUGAUAAGGCAAAGGAUCUCUUUGACUCAGGAGCCAAGGAGCCGGCUGUUCGAUCGCUGAUGGAUCGAUGUGUGGGCAGCUGUGUGGACGACCACAUUAACCUGAUCCCCAGCAUUACCCGCAGACUCAAAGAGAGCUUGGACUCUAUACCUCAGUGAGGAGCCUGAUAGGGUUGCUGCGGCUCAGCCUGAGCUUUUAAAACGCAUACAGAGCAGUGCAGGUUUGAUAAGCUCGGCUGGGAUGACCAGGUACCGGCUUGAAAGUAGACUGAGACACCAAGAAGGGUGAAGGAUUGAGGUUCAAAACAGAUUAUGUGGUGCAAAAGAGAGCCUUUAAGUUUAUCAGAAGCUUUUGGAUAUUGCUGUUGUCAAGAUUGAAGUGCUAACUGUGAGAUGUUUUUGUACUUGGCGUAAUUACAGUUAUCUCAGUGGAGAGCAGGAGCUCAAGGUUUGUUAAAUCUGUAUGAAAAAAAAAGAAUUCCAGCAAUUCAUCUGGUGUCAAAUAUAAAUCCAAAAAGCGGAACUCAAAGUGCUUUGAAGAAACCCGAGAAGUCUUUUUUUUCCUCACAUAUGCAUAACUAGUUAACAAAUUUCAUAAUAUAGACAACACCCUUCGACAUGAUUCACAUCUGUAAUGCUCCAGCAUGAGCCCUCAUCUGUUUUUCUGUUUAUUGUUGUGCUAAAUCCUGUGACCUCUUCUGUUGAGAUACAUUUGUAUGUCUGGAUUAAAGUACUGUGAAUGCAACUGCUUCAAGACUGUGAUACUUUCUUACAAUAAAAAACACUUUCUCUUCA